UUUGUUUCCGCCUCAUUUUUGCUAUGCGAGUGCUCUAACUUGCUAACUUGUAUUUCUAGAAUCAUUGCUGUCACUUCACUCAAUUCGAAAGAGAAAGCGCCGGAUGGACGAGAGGAGUUUGGUUUUGAAGUACAUAUUACUUCCAAAUGGAGGUAAAAUCCCAACUAUUGGGCUUGGAACUUUCAUUGAUAACCAGUACGUUUCGGAAGGGUCAGAUGGAAAGUUAGCAAUUGCAAUUAGGAACGCUAUCAGUCUCGGAUACCGUCACAUCGAUACAGCUUGGAUGUAUAACACUGAAGCUGAUGUUGGUUGCGCUGUCAAAGAAAAAAUUCAAGAUGGAACUGUUGCUCGUGAAGAUUUGUUUAUUGUUACCAAAUUAUGGAGAAACUUCCUCAGCCAUGAUCAAGUCAGCAAAGCUUUUCACAGGUCUCUAAAAGAACUAGAUAUGACCUAUGUUGACCUUUACUUAAUUCACAGCUCAACAGGACUCAAGUUUAAUAGCAACCCCAGACAGCAUUACCCAGAUGUUGAUGACUAUACUCCAUAUUUUGAUGAUGUUGACUAUGUGGACACAUGGAAGGAGAUGGAGGAACUUGUGGAUGCUGGUCUAGUGAAAUCAAUUGGUGUUUCAAACUUCAAUAUCCAGCAAAUUGAGCGAAUUCUAGCUGUUGCACGCCAUCCACUGUCAGUCGUACAGGUAGAAAUGCAUCCUUACCUGUCACAAUCAGAUCUUCUGCAGUUCUGCAGAAAGAGGAAUAUUGUAGUCACUGCCUAUUCACCAUUGGCCUGGGGAGGUCAACCACUCCCAAAGCCUCCGGCGCCAGUACCUCUAAAUGAAAAUCCUACUGUCAAGAGUAUUGCCUUGAAACACAAAAAGAGUCCAUUCCAAGUAGUACUUCGCUAUGAACUCCAGUUAGGCGUGGCUGUUAUACCAAAGAGUACUAACCAAAAACACAUCCAUGAGAACUUUCAUGUCUUUGACUUCAAGUUGUCCAAAGAGGAAAUGCGGGAUAUAGCAUCGUUGAACAUCAACUACCGUCUUCUUGACCAACACAAGUUCAAAGGUCAUGUACACUUUCCUUUCUGUGAUGAAGAAGUAUGAUGGACUGAGGCAAUUUAACAGAAUGACACUCAUCUCCGCAUGCCAAUAUAGAAUGUGCGUAUAUUCCUUUGACCCUAUCUGUGGCAUUGAAAAUCUGAUACUAGUUGUAAGUAAAGCCGUCAGUUUUUAGUGUAUGUGUACCAUAUAUGUUCUGGUGUUAAUUACAAUUUUAUUUAUUUUCGUCACUUCAGAGUAUCUAUUCUUAUGUCUUUUGACCAAGAGCUUGUUAUGUGCUCCUGGAAAAUGCAAUAUGGCUCACCAAAAUUGACCUACUACUAAAUGAAAGGUUAAAGCAAAUAUAAAUUUAAAAGAAUCCCAGUCUUAUAUUUAACAGUCAUGGACUAAUGUGCAUAAAACAAAAAGUUGUGCAGGUACAGGUAUUUAUUCAUUUAACAUAAGAAGUCUCAAAUAACACCACACACGAACUCAUUGAUUAAUUUAAUGUUUAAAAUGGUGAAAGUUUAUGGCAUAAGCUCUGUCCAGAUUAUGAAAUUUAAUGUUGUAUUCUAAUUCAUGAUGUGACUAUAUAUGGUCAUGAUGUGAUGUCAUCACGACCAUAUUUAGGCAUGUCACAUGUUUUUGUCAAUAAAAUUUGAUAGUCUGGACAGGGGCCUUGGAAUGUUGAAUUUUAAAGGCAUUAGCCUCUGUUUGAAACGGCACCUUUCUGAAAGCAAUCGAGACAUGUUGGUGUUGUUAAUGUUCUUUUGUGUUCCUAACACUAACAGUUUUUUGUUGCAUCGCUUUUUUUGAGUGACGACUAAAUCAGUUGAGCAUAUUUUGUUGCGCACGGCAUGUAGAAUGUCGAUGCUAUAGAGGGAUAAAAACGUUCCCGAAAUGAGUGCCCUGCUGUUAAGUUGCCUUGGAUGGACAACCUGAAGAGACGGAUAUUUAAAAAGGAAUGUAACAACUACGAGUACACUUGCCAAGUAAACGGUGCAGCUAUGUGAACACUAUAAAGAUAUAGCUGUAAUUGGAUUGUAUUUGUGUAAUUACGACCAAGAUGAAUGGUAACUUUACCUAGGUUAAAAUGUACUGCUAUUUGCCCAGGUUUUGGGCACACAAAAUGAAUGAUAACAUUUUUGACACGCACAAUACUGCCACUGAGGAGGAUAUUGAUGUAAUGGAAUUGUGUUCCUCACAAUGGACAUUCCUGCUUCAAAAAAAAAAAAGUGUUUCAUUCUUGGCACGAUUCGCUUGGUUAAAACUUACUGCAAGGCUAGGGAAAUUUUACCUCCGGGGGCUCACUCUUAAAUAUUUCUGUACGGGGAGGUGCGCAUUUAUGGGGUAUAUUUUUGAGGACUUUGUAGCGCAAGUGUGGGAAAUAUGGGGGGGGGGUGGCAGGGAGUUUCAGCACUUAUGGGGUAUACUUGCGAGGACUUUGUAGUGCAAGUGUGGGAAAUAACCUUGGUGAAAUUGGUGGUCAAAGUCCCUGGCUUAUUCUGUGUAAAUUGCCACGAUUUUUCGCAAUAUGUUAGCGGGAAUUUCAAGCUAGACUGGGUGCUAAGCCGGUAAGCCCCUUGCUAAGCCUAUCUUUGGUACAGCCAGGAGAUCGCGGUCAGACAGAACGCUUUUUGCCAUCGGAAACCAGUCAAUAUUGCGCCCUCUCUUGUACUAUUGAGUGACCUUUUUCCUGUCGUAUUUUAGAGCACAGUGCGAUUUUGGUAAAGGUAGUUCAUAAGAAUUGUCAGUUAAAUACUGACUGGUAGCGCAAGUGUCUCAUAUCUUGAAGUGGCUGUGACACACCCCUGUUUGUUUGGUUGGUAUGCAAGUGAGCUCCCCGGGAUUUGACCAUUUAGGGAGUUUUACACAGACUUCACAUGUACAUACUUUGACCAAAAAAUAUCCAAACCAAGGGUGCAAGUCUCAAUGUGAAGCUUAUGGAUUGUUGCGACUCAUGACCAAAAAUUCUGAUAUUUUCUACAGAAUGAAUAUUAUAAUGCAUGCAUCCUAACCACUGUAGUGGUACUUCACAGUACAAUAUAUUUAUUUAAUUUUACUGAGUAGUUUAGUUUAGUAGUAUUUAUAUUUGUAACAUUUCAUAAAAAAAAAAACAAUAACGGAUGUUUAUGACCAAUAGGCUUCCAAUGUAAAAAAAGAAAAAUCAUGUAAUCAAUUUUUUUACAUAAUGUAAAAUGUAUCUUUUAUUUAUUGAAAAUAUAUAAGAAUGGGACCAUUUCAAAGUGUCAAUGUCAUAAUUUUUAUUUGUACAAGUACAUAAUAAUAUGGGAAAGAACGUCCAAAAAGAGGUACUGUAGAUAGAUACAGAAAAAACCCAGGGGUGGUGCUAGUGGUGAGUUGGGGGGUGGGGGGAGACGGAAAACCACAAUCAGGAGUCUAUGCAUAUUUUACAUAUAUUAUUUAGUAGAAUUGUCAUAGAUUUCUGGACCACCUAAACCACUCCCGACAAAUUUUGAGCGAUGCUCGAUCACACCCACUUAGUCUAUUCGAGGAUAUUUCCCCUUCCACCUUUGGGAAAAUCCUGGGAUAGGAGAUCAGAAACGUAAGAUCGUUAUAAUGAUCGCCCCAGAAAAGACAACCAAUACUGCUAAUAGAAGUGUCUGGAGAAAGGCACUACAAUCAUUAGUAUUAACAUGCUGGAGUUUAUUGUAAGAGAAAAAGAAUCAUUUCCUGUGUUAUUGUCUAGUAUCACUCAUUCAUUUUUUCCAGAACAACAUACUAGAUAUCACGUAAAUAAUAACCAAAAUAAAUUAGCACAAUUCUGGCAGAUUGUCAAAAAGAUAAGGAAAAUUUGAAAAAAUACUGUAUAAAGACCUUCAAUCUUGUGCGGAUACUGUAUACAAAAGUUUUAAUAUUUAAAAAGUCAAAAAACAUGAUGAAAAAGGGUAGUACUGUACUCAGGCAUAGAAUGCACAAAAAAUGCUGAAUAAAAUUCACAAGUCUAUAUAGAAAUAGGAAUCUCAUUCCACAUCCGCAAAAAUUAGAAAAGAGAGAGAAAGAAUAGUUUUACGAGCCUUCUGUUGUAAAAAAAAAAAAAAAAAAAAAUACGGUUUGCGUUUCUUUGAGAAACAGGCACAA